CGGUUUCUUCACUAACUUGCCGGCCUAUGAUAAUGAUAUUGAAGAUGAAGAUCAAUUCCUUCCUUUAAUCUCUCUCUCCUCCACUUUAUUCAUUGCUGUACUCUCCAAAGCUCCAAAGUCUUGUCCUUUUCUUCUUUAUUUCUUUGAUUACUGCUUCAUCACCUUCUCUCUGCUCCUCGAAAGUUCCAAGCUUUUUUCUGGGUUUCUCCAAUUGGUAUUGCUCAGUACUUCGAUUUCCGCAUAGUAUGAUGCAUUACGGUUUUUGGGGUUUCUGAGUUUUCCUGUUGAAGUUUGAGAAUUUGGGUUUGUUCUCUUAUGUUCUAACAUAGUAGGUGCGGUAGCUUUUAUGCUUAUUAUAGCGUCUUUCUUCGUAAUCAAAAAGCUGAGCAUUUGAUUCCUAAAAGCUGGGAGUGAGUUCGUUUCAUGAUGAUCAAUGUUUAUGGAGCUGGAUUAGAGAGGAUCCAAGUGCUCUCUUGAUUGUUUAGGACACGGAGAGAAGGGAAUGGAUCUUUGGUUAAUCGCAGCUACUGCUGCUACAGGAAAUAUAACCAAACAUUUGCAAAAUGUAUCAUCAAAAGGUAAAUAUUCUUCUGAAGGUUUGACUAAUGUGAAGAGAGAAUCUCCGAGAUGCUUGGCUAGUCAAUUGGUAAGAGUCAAGAAACCAACAAAUGAAGAAAACUUUGAGGGUUGCCUAAAUGGGGAAACUUUUGAUCUAUCUGAAUGUGGCAAUGCAUAUGGAGUGGAAGUAGCUUCGAGUAAUGAGGAGUAUUUGGGAAGUAAUGAUGAGAUUCGUUCAGGUUCUUUUGGGAACAGAGCGUUUCUUAGGAGAAAUCAGUGUCAUAUCAAGCCUUUUUCUAUGGAGAGGAGCGUAAUGUCUCGGUUACAUAGAGAGAAUUUGUCCAUGGAGGAAUAUAUGCGUAGCCCGUUUCCAUCACCUUGUGGUGGCUCAGUUUUGAGGCCCUUGCUUGUUACUGAUGGUAAAAAAGUGAUUAGCAAUAACACUGGAGAUUCUGUUAGCCAGCGUGUUCUGGAAUGCAGGAUUCCUCAUCAGCUUAGGAAGUUGGAAUCUUCAGUUCUGUAUGCUAAGAGGGGAGUUGGAAAUGCAAAGAGCGCUAGUAGAAGAUCAGAUCAUGGGAUUGGUUCAAAUGAUGCAGCGAUGCUGCUAUGCAUUGGGAUUUCAAUUGGGAUAAUGUCAUCAUUUGUAGCAAACCAGACCGAACUAAACAAGGUCAGAGUAGAGUCAAAGCAGACAGACAAUUUGGUAAAGGAUUUAGAAGAUGAUCUUAAGACAAAAGACUCAUUGACAGUGAAAGAUGAUUUACACAAGGGUGAUGAAAAGACAGCAGAGAAUUCAGAAUCUAUAAGUGAAAUUGAAGCAGAACUUGAAGCUGAACUUGAAAGGCUGGAGAUCAACAUAAAAUCUUCCAACAUUGAGACAAAACUCCCAGAUAUCUUUGAGCUGGAGCCAGAUUUUGAAGAAGAAUUUGCAGAGGGUGAGCUGAGAGAUGAUCAGGUUGAAAGGCAUCGUUUUGAUGAAACUGAGUCCAAGCAGGAAUGGAGUGGCAGUUCCACACCUGAAUCAGGAAACUAUAUAGUCUCGCCUCGUGAGUUAAGCUUGCGUCUGCUCGGAGUAAUCAAUUCACGGUAUGAAAGACGGAUAAAAGAACUUGAGGUUGCCUUACAAGAGAGCGAGAGUAGAGUGAAACAGCUGGUCGUGGAAUCAGAGGAAAAGAAGAAACCACUGUCAAGAACUUGGCAAAGCCAUGAAGUGAUGAAUUACAAGAGAGACACAAAUCUUCCAGUUUCUGGAGAGAAGAAUCAUAAUCCUGGAGAAAUCCAACCUCUGGUGAUGAAUCUAGCAGGGGAAGCACUAAAUGCAUUCAACGAAUCUUACGAGGAGCUGAUGGAUAUAAACGACUACUCAGAAGAAGAUGAUUUACAAUGUGAGAAUGAGCGGCAAGAAGAAUCUUCAUUGUCUUUGACAAGCAAAAGUUCACCUUGGAGCCAUAAAGAAUACAUAAAGGACUCCUCAAGAACAUCAGAGGAUGUGAAUUUCUCCAGGUUGCAAGAUCUACUUGGUCUGAGCGACGAAGAAGAAGAAGAAGAAGAAGAUGAGAUGGAGAAGCAUCUGAUAAAACAGAUUGUUGAGAAAACAAAACAAGGGUCUUCUGCUGUGUUGAAUGCUCAGAAGAUGCUGUUUCUCAUGGAACAAACAGAACAGCAUCGAUAAUAAAAAGAAAGAAAAAAAGAAAAGCAUUAUUACUCAUAAUUGGUAAACUUAGUGUGUGUACGUAUAUAUAGAUAUAUGUAAAAGAUUGGUACAACUUAUCAUGUCAGAUUCAAACAUACUGGAAAAAUCGAAGAAAAAUAUGUUUUUGUCGAA